UGCGAAUCGUUCGGCGCCUAAAGCUCUACCCCGACCGCUCGUGGCAUUAGUCGUCUCGAACAACCCGUUCCGACAACACGCGCUCCCAACCGCGAGUUUCUCAUACGAUCGGCCAACGAAGUAUUUUGAGUAAAUCUUGAGAACCCUGUAAACAAAUAAUAUGGUAGUGUGAAAACAACAACAAUGUCGUUCUGCAGAAUUACGGGCCGCAGUAGAGGGCUGCCGAAGCCCAACUACUUUCCUCUUCUCGCACCGAUUUCCCCUGCCGAUGCGAAGCGCUGCUGCAGGAUCACCGGCAAGUCUUACGGGCUGCCUUCACAUCAUUACAUUCCAGUACUACUCACGGCUCGCUCUACGAAGGCUAAAUGUAAAAUUACGAAUAUAUCCGGAGAACUGGGACCGCAUCAUUAUUCGCCGGAAAUUAAUUAUGGAAACAGAAAACACGAGAUGCUGCCGGACUACAGAUAUAUUUUCCCUGUUCUAGACGGUUCGACUGAAGCACAGAAAGGAUUGAUAGAGUUGCUGUUAGGGAAACAAGUUACGGAAGACAAACGUUAUGUUUACACAGUGCAGGAAAGAAGAUGCAGUCUAGUGUUUUCUGCUCAGAUGGAAGCGGCGGUUCGCGACGGCGACGUUAGGGACGUUAUGCUUGCCAAAGAUUCGGACACCGUACUUAUCAAAACUAAACAGGGUCGCAGCGUUUCAAUGGACUUUAAAGAUUUUACCGAAGACGUGGAGAUGUUCGAAGGCGAGGGACCAAAUGCAGAAGUACUUAAACAAAGAGAAAUGGAAGAAUUAGAAGAAAAAAAGAAGAAAAGGAAACGCACAGCUGGAUUAUCGUCUAUGAAGAAAAUUUUUGAAAAUAAAGAAAAACUGGCUGAUGUUCAAGAAUUAGAAGAAGAAAAACAGCGCCAGGAUCGAAAAGCGAAAAAAGCCAAGAUGGAAGAAUUCAGGCAUGAGAAACACGACGUGAAAUGCUUCACUUACGACAACUUUGAUUUGAAUCAUAUGCGCUCAAAAUCGAGCAUUGUGACGUGUUCUGGAGAAUGGAGAAAUCAGUUACACCCUCUAGGAGAGUCUUGGAGUUGGGAUGAAUUUGAAAAAGAUAUUAUUGAUGAGAAUUUUAUACCGAAAGUAACACAACUACCGACGCCCUUAAAGAUAGCGCCAUAUCAUUGUGAAGCAGAGAUAUAUGAAGUUAACAAAAAUAUUAGCGAUGUGUCAGUUUCUUUAGAGAGUGUGCCAUGCGUUAACCCCCUUAAGCCAGUGAAAGCUCGACCUGAACAGACAGUGUUGAGUGGAAUUAAAGAGCUAUCAAGUGAAAAGUUGAUUGAAACGGCUAAUGUUGCUGAAAGAUUAAUCGAAAACGGAAAAACUGAUCUACUCCCGACCAUCGAUUGUUUGCCGGAGGUGGUCAAGAAUAUUAAAAAGGGUAAAAGAAAUAAAAUAGCUGCAAUUUCUGGUCUUUCGUUAGACAUAAACAAAGCCAAGAAAUUUGUUCCUGGACAAAUGCUGAAUACACCCCAAGGUACUGUUUUUGUGCCGGGACAGACUAUUGAGACGCCAGAUGGUCCAAUAUUUGUGCCCGGUUUAAGUGUCAACACGCCUGCCGGACCGGCUCUUAUACCAGGUCACAUAGUUAUGAACGAAAACAACAACGAGCCUUUAUUUCUUGCUGGCCAAAAUUUAAUGACAGCGAAUGGAGAAGAGUUUGUUUGCGGUCAAACAAUCAGAACCAAGAACGAAACUUAUCGGUUCCUUGAAGGUCAAACAGUGCUUUCUGAAGAAGGACUGAAAUUCGUACCCGGAAAAACUAUUAGCACAGGAUCCGAAGAAGUUUUUGUUCCUGGUCAGGCGAUUAUGACACCGGACGGCGUUCAAUUUAUUCCCGGUCAAACAAUAACAGAAGACACAGAAAUCACUUUUACGCCGGGGCAAAAUGCGAAAAUUAACAAUGAGUGGCAGUUCGUUCCCGGGCAAGUACUACAGCAAGACGACGAGUUACACUUUGUUCCUGGUGCCACGAUAGCAACACCGAAUGGCUUGAAAUUUGUUCCCGGUCAAACAAUUACUGUCAACGGAAAAAGUUGCUUUGUCCCCGGUAUUUCUAAAACUACCAGUGAUUCUUCUCUUCAGUUUGUUCCCGGAACAACGUUAGAAACUAUUGAUGGGCCGAAAUUUGUUGAAGGUCAAGUCGUCAUUACGAACCACGGGGAAAAAUUUGUACCAGGGAAAACUAUUGUGCAGGCUGAUGGUCACGUAGAGUUUUCUGUUGCCAAAUCUGUUGAAGACAUAACUUUUACAGAAAGUACACCUACUGGUUUACCAAUAGAUAUCAAAACCUGUUCAUUAUCAGAAGAAUCCCUUUACGUAUUCGGGCAUAUGAUACAAACAACUAAGGGCAUAGAGUUCUAUCCUGGCCCUAGGAUUCCGAAAGUGGAAGGUAAAGUUGUGCCCGGAAGACUGGUGAAAAAUGAUUUAAAUCAAUCCCGCUUUGUACCUGGUACUAUGGUGGAAGGCAUUUUCGUACCUGGGCAAAUCGUGUUUACUGAAAACGGAGAGCAGUUUGUACCGGGUCAAGUUGUUGAUACGGCAGAUGGACCAAAAUUUGUACCGGGUCAAGUUGUGAAUACUAAAUCAGGACCAAAGUUCGUUCCCGGUCAGACUAUACAUACCAUCGAUGGUCCUCGCUUCGUUCCUGGACAGAUUAUAGAAACAAAAGCUGGACCAACAUUCAUACCUGGUCAAGUAAUUUCUACAGAUGAAGGCUCUAGAUUUGUCCCCGGUCAAGUUGUAGAUACCGAAGAAGGACCCAGAUUUGUUCCUGGAAGAGUGGUAGAAACUGAUGAUAAUGGAGUCACUUUCGUUCCUGGUCAAAUCGUUCAAACACCUGAAGGACUUAAAUUCGUAGCCCCCGACCUAACCGAAGGUGAAGAAGGCUUAGAAUUUUCAGUGCAAAGUUUCGUUGUCACCCCUGAAGAGCUCAAAUUACUCAAAGUAAAAACUAAUCCCAAUGACACAACCUCUACGAAAGGCGAGCUCACUAUCGACACUAAAAUGCUAAGGCAGCUCUCAGAGGCAGGUAUGUCGAUUGGUAGACAGGUUCCAGCCGAUUUACCAUCAAUUAGUGUUAUAUUAAAUCAAACUAAAAACGUAGAAGCCUUGAAGGCAUUCGUGACAGACUUCGGCUUAAAAGACGAAGUUGCGAACCAAUUGAUGGAUGUUAUUUCAUCGAUUAUUGAAAUGAGUGCUCAUAUAAAGUCUGAAAUGCACGACAGUGAUAGAAGCGACUCCUCAGCAUCAUCUGAAAUCAAGAAAAUCAGAGGAACCAAAAAGCGUAUGGAUGUUCAGGAAACCGUUGGUUUCAUUGGAGGUAAUGGACAGUCUGCACAUCAAGAACGAGUGAAAAAUUCAAUUGCUGCCGCAGUUUUGGCAGCCCUGGUAACUGCGGAACAGUUUGAAGAAAUAAACAAUAAUAAUAGUAAAGAGAAAUAUCAAAUGAUUUUGAAAUCGAUUGACACAAUUCUAGGAAAGGCUCUUGAUGAAGAUUUUGUAUCGGCUAUGUACGCGAUACUUCAAAAAGAGGAAGAUAAAGAAAUGCUCUGUGAUGAAAUUCUCGAUAAUACGUCGGAAUCUAAAGUAGAAUUAAUAAAAUUGGCCGUAAAUAAUGCUUUAAACAAACAUUCCAUCAAUGAAGAUGAAAUUAUUGAAAAAUUUGGAGAAUUUCUUGGUGCCGAGAACGAAGUAUUAGGCCCGGCAUUCAAAAAUAUUUCUAAAUGCGACACGAAACUUCUACAACACAUACUUGGACGUAUUUCUGAGUCAAUAUAUUUCGUAAACACCGACCAUGAAGCCACUGAAACGUUGCAAAAAGCGAUCGUGUCAGCGGUCCAAGAUUCGAGCAGUCAAGAAAUAAAAAUAUUACUAAACGAGAAGUGUGAACAAGAAAACGUAAAGGAAUUAAUCGCGCAGUCAGUCGGGCUCGCUAAACUACUCGGAAUGAGAGACAUCGCCACAAAACUAAUGGCUAUUGUAAACAGUGAAGAGGACUUGUCUAAAAUAGCAUCCGACGAUACCAGCCUUAGCAUAUUAAAACGUUUAAUUGUUAUGAGGAAGCUCGCGGAAAAAUCUCCCAGCUUGCUUUCUGCUUUACAUAAGUUGGAAACCAAUCCAGAGUUGGCUCGCACGGACCCUAAUCUUAGGGACUUGGUGCGAGAAAGCGCCGCGCUGAUGAUCAUUCCAGAAGAACCACCUCUCAUGUCAUCACAAGACGUCCCGUUGAGUCUACUUCAGCCUGAAAAUAGUCUCGCCAUGGAAGACUUUUUGUUCCAGCGUAAGAAGAAAGUCUCUGGGGCUCUGUUGAUCAUGAAAAAAGGAUUGCAAGCUGUGGUUCCUAGAGAAGCCAGUCGAGCGGUUUUAACCGGACAAGUGGCGUACACAGUUCUAGAUGAAAAUGGAAUUCAACAUUUCGAACCCCUACACGUAUUCUCAGCUUUAAACUUAAGCCAGCCCUCGGCUCAUCGCUUCUCAAUGUACAGCUGUCCUAUUGUGGACAACCAAGAUGAAGAUCUGGAAACUUUUAACGGCUAUUGCAAUAUCAGUAAUAGUCAGAUCAUAACGAGAAUGAGCGGUUGGGGCAGGAAAUACAGCGGGGUUUUACUAGAUAGGGAUAAUACUAGGAGUAGGAUGAGCAGCUUGGAAAAUACACCCAGUUACAAACGAUAUCCUUCGCGCUCACUGUCUAGAUCUCGUUCCAGCUGUAGCAGGAGUCCUCCUAAGGUGGACGACGUGGUGGUAGCGUCUUCGGACUACACCGCCGCUACCGAUGACGAAGUCUCGUUGAAGACCGGCGACAUAGUCGAGGUUCUCGAUACGAAAACUGCUCUCGGAGCCAAGAGGCCAAAACUAACGGACUUGGACGUCGAGGCGAGCCUCCUGGACACAUCAGCAGCGAAGCACAAGAUUGCUAUACGACCGAAGAAAAAUCACCCGAAGAACAAAUCCGGAAAGAAAGUCAAUGAGAACGAAGACAGAUGGCUAGUGCGUGUGAUAGAAGACGUCAGCGGUGGCGAGAUAACGACGCGACAGGGUCUGGUGCCGGCUAGCGUGCUGCACGAGAAGCAGACAUCGGAGGAUGAUCAGACUGCCCUCGCUGCCAGGCGACAGGCCGUGGUUCGCGAACUGAUCGAGACGGAAGAGGAGUUCGGGAGAGAUAUGCAGCAGGUCGUUUCCCGGUACAUGAAGCCCAUCGACAAGGCCACCGCACCGAAACCGGUCUUCGAUAAUCGUGAACUGUUAUUCUCCAACUUCAGGCAGAUCUGCGAGUUUCAUAAUACCGUUCUUCUUGAAGGCAUUAAGUACUAUGCUGGUGAGCCUCGAAUGCUAGGAAGAGCGCUUCUUCGCAUGGAGCGGGAGUUCGACAAGCACGUCGCUUACUGCCGCGACGAGCCAAGAGCCCAGUAUCUUCUAGCUAACGAUCCAGUCGUGAAGAAAUACUUUCAGGAUCUAGCAGACAGUCUCGGCGACGAUAAAGGUAUAACUGAACAUCUAAAGCUUCCGAUACAAAGGAUCAACGACUACCAGCUUCUUCUGAAGGAACUAGUGAAGUAUUCGAGACGUCUCGGCGAAGACUGUAACGACCUCCAGAAGGCUCUAGAACUAUUUCUUGGCGUUCCGAAUCGCGCCACUGACAACAAAUUCUUAGCCUCCAUCGAAGGAUUUAGAGGCAACAUCUAUAAACUAGGAAGACUUCUCACCCACGACUGGUUUACCGUCACCGACCAGGAAGGCAGGACCAAGGAUCGGUAUCUUUUCCUCUUCAAAGCGAGGAUCUUGGUCUGCAAAGUCAAGAGGAUAUCUGAGGACAGAUCUGUCUUCGUUCUAAAGGAUAUCAUCAAGCUCCCCGAAGUCGAAGUGAAGGAAGUGACCGGAGAACCAUUGAAGUUCGAACUUCGCCAGAAAAAUCCACCGCUUGAUUUGAUCCUCGGUGCUCACAAGGAGCACGUGAAGAAUACUUGGUUGGCUGAAAUCAACAAACACGCUUCGGACAUCGUUGCCCUUGCGGAACACGCAGCAGAUGACCUUCAAGUUCUUCAGGCCGUAGAAACCAAAGAAACUGCGGAAGAGAAGAAGAAGAAGCGCGAACAUACAGAAGAGGUUAUCGUUAAAGCAGAGCAAGAGGUGAAAGAGAAACGAUCCCGCACCGAAGACAUUGAAGUCACCCAGGUUUCGGUUAAAGAAGAAACUUCCCAGCAAGUAAAAGUCAAAAGAAAAGCAUCUGUUGAGAGCACAGUUGCUACUAAAAUCUCCAAAUCAGAAGUUGUAGAAGUAUCCUCUCUUAACGAGAACCAGGAAUCUGUCGUUAGCGCAAUCGACACUGAAGUGAGAAGUGACGUCACAACUGAUUUAGAAACUAAAUCAUCAGUGACUGUAAGCGCUCUGAACGCCGAGACUGAACCUGUUACAUCACAAUUGGAAAGUCAACAAACUUUAAAAACUGAGCAUACAGAAGCAAAAGUAGAAGAACAAAUUGUUCAAGCGUCUCAAACGACUGAAGAAUAUGUUGAAAAAUCAAUAGAAACUACUAAGCAAUCAUCUGUAGUUGAAACGAAAGAAUCAUUUCAAGAGAUAAGAUCUCUCGAACAAGACUCUACAAAAAUCUCAACAGAAGAUAGAAUUACAGUUCGAGAAGAAGAAGAACCAAUCCACGCCAUUCAAGAGUGUACAAACGCACAAGAGAGAUCAGACGAGUCAUUUGAAACUGUUAAACAAAUCCCUGAAAUAUCAAAAGAAACAGCGGAGAACGAAAUAUUAGAAACAACAAAAGAAUCAUCUGAAACUGUUAUUCAAGUUUCAGAAUCUCUUAGUGAAACUGUUUCUGAAACUGUGAUAGCUGUUUCCGAAACUGAAGAAACGUUGCAAGCGUUUGAACAGAAAGAUUCUACAACUCCCCCAGCAGACCAGAUAGCGACCGCUGUUUUAAAGCCUACUACAGCUGAGGCAAUCGAAGAAAGUGUGCAAAGACAACAGACUUUGCAAGAAGUUAAAUUAGAAGAACCCAUUAGUGAGACUGCUUCAGCCCUAAAUCAAGAAACAAAAAUCAUAGAAAUAUCUGAACAAAAAUCUGAACAGACUGUUAAUUUCGAGAGCGUAGCUAAAGAAUCCAAAGAAUUUGAACUAAACGCUACUGAAGAAGUUAAAAAAUUAGUUGGAAAGGCAGACGAGGAAAGCGCUUCUGCAGGCGGUCAAACUGUAACCACAGAGGAGAUUGGUGGCGACGAGAUGUCGAGGUAUAGCCGCAGUUCGCGGAUAUCUGGAGCAGAGUACUCCAGCAGCGCUAGAAAAUCAUCUACUGGUGGACGAUAUGAGUCCUCUACUUAUGACAGCACUGGUCUAUCAUCAUAUUCACGCCGCGAGAGCGGAUCACGUCUCGAAAGUGCGAGAUAUGAAACUGGCGGAUCUACUGAAGGCGGAGUCUCCUCGCGCUACGAAUCUAAGUACUCGAGCUCAUCAAAGAUAGAAGGAGGUUCCAAAUAUGGCAUUGAGUCUAGCUAUGAAAGCAAAGUAGACGGAUCCAAAUACGGAAUUGAUUAUGAUUCCAGCAGCAAACGCAAUAGCAUUGCUUCUAAAUAUGGGGUCGAAGCUGAAACGAACAGCAAAAUUGAUGGCAUUGCAUCAAAAUAUGCCAUCGAGUCAGAAACUACAAGCAAAAUUGACAGCAUUGCUAAUAAAUACGGAAUUGAUACCGAAAAAGCAAGCAAGAUUGAUGGAACCGCAUCUAAAUAUGGAGUAGAAUCAGAAACCACAAGCAAAAUUGAUAGUAUUGCUUCUAAAUAUAGGAAAGAAUCCGAGGGCUCCAUCAAAGUUGAUAUGGUUUCGUCUAAGUAUGGCGUGGAAUCUGAAACGUCUAGUAAAAUUGACAGUAUUGCAUCAAAGUAUGGCAUUGAAUCAAAAUACGAAGCUGAAGGACGUUCAUCUAAAUAUAGCUCUCAAAUCAGUUAUGACGGCAAUAAGGUUGACGGUGUAUCUACAAAGUUAGAAAGUAGUUUCGAGAGUUCUAGCAAUGGAGGCUCAGUCUACGAGAGCAAAUAUUCUAAGCGAGCCAUUUCCAACGGCGUACAUUCUGAAGAGUCUGAAUUACAGAGGUCUAUUUCCAAGUCUGAAGCUCAGGAUGGAAGACCAGUGUUCUCAAAAACUCUCGAAGGCCAAAACAUCGAGCCUGGUGAGAACGCGGUCUUCGAAUGCGUUCUACGCGAGUCGUCGGAUUUGGUGAAUGUGACCUGGCUCAAGGACAACAAGCCGAUUACCGAUCGGCUCAUGGACCGUUGCUCCAUAUCAUAUGAUCCAGACGGCAGUCAUCGCCUUGAACUGAAACAUUGCAGAGAAGAUGACUCUGGAGUUUAUACAGCCCGAGCUGAAAACGUCAAAGGAAACGCCCAUUGCACAGCUCAGUUAGUCGUCCACGAGUUGACGCCGGAAGAAAGAAAGCAGAGGAAUGCUCUAAACGCUCCGUACUUCUUAGUAGCCUUGAAGGACACUGAGAUCAUGGAAAAUACCUACUUGCGUUUCAUGAUCAGAGUCAAGGGCAAUCCCAACCCAGAAGUUAAGUUCUACCGCGACGACAAAGAGAUCGUGGCGAAGUCGGAUACGGACCGUAUCUCCAUCAUCACGACCCGCGCCGACCGUGGCUGCUACGAACUGGUGAUCCCAAACGUGACUCCAGCCGAUGCGGGCAAAUACUCCUGCAGAGCUAUGAAUAUUUACGGCGAUGUCGUUUCUGAAGCUAAAGUUACCGUUGUUGAUGACAAAAACAUAUUUGGUGAACUGCUUCCUGGUGGUGAUGGUCUGCUGGCUAAAGGCGAGAAGCCAGCUUUCACGUGGAAGAAAGAUGGACAGCCCUACGAUCCUGAAGAACGAUUCAAGGUUCUUCUUGGUGACGACGAAGACUCCCUGGCGCUGGUGUUCCAGCACGUGAAGCCGGAGGAUGCUGGGUUGUACACGUGUGUGGCUAAGACCAGUACAGGAAAUAUAUCUUGCUCAGCCGAGCUUACAGUUCAAGGUGCCGUGAACGAACUUCACCGGGAGCCAGAGAAGCCGACCCUGGUUAUCGAGCAUCGGGACGCUAUCGUCUCGAUGGGCGCCUCGGCCAUGCUGGAGCUACAAUGCAAGGGCUUCCCGAAGCCGAAUGUCGUGUUCAAGCAUGACGGGAAGGUGGUGGAACCAGACACCAGACAUAAGUUCUUGUACGAGGAUGAAGAGAGCAUGUCUCUUGUGAUAAAGAACGUGACGUCAGCAGAUGCCGGAGAGUACCAGGUGACGGCCAGCAAUGAGCUCGGUGAAGACACUUCCACCAUGAACCUAGUGGUGAAGGCGCCGCCGAAAUUUAAGAAGAAGAUCGAAAAUCAAACCUGCAUGGUCGGCACGACUCACACCGUAACAAUAGAAGUGGAAGGAACACCUUCACCAGACCUGACCUUCUACAAGGACGGAGCUGAAAUCAAGAGCUCCGAACGCAUACAAAUCGUUAAAGAGAGUGAGGAAAUAUACAAGAUCACAAUUAAAGAUGCCAAGUUGACCGACACUGGAUCUUAUUCUGUAGUAGCUAAGAACGAAGUGAACCAAUGCUCUGAGUUUUGGCAAUGGCACGUGACGUCACCGCCCCGACUCGUAAAGAAGCUGGGCGGCUCCAAGGUCGUCGACGAGAAGGAGACAGUCACCUUCAGCAUCGAGACCGAAGCUGAACCGGCACCGACUGUCAAAUGGUUCAAGAAUAAGACGGAAUUGACGGAGUCGUCAACGGUGAAGAUCUCAUCAUCCGGGUCGGCUCACUCCCUCGUGAUCACGUCUGCCGCAAGGGCUGAUGCUGGGGAGUAUUCUUGUGAGGUCCGUAACGUGCACGGCGAAGCGAGUGACGUCAGCACAUUGAACGUCCGCUGCGGUCCGGUGUUCACGGAGCGCCUGCGUGACGUCACGGCCAGUGAGGGUGACGUCAAUGUCGAGUUCACGGUCGCCGUUGAUGCAUUCCCGCAACCCACCAUUCGGUGGUACUUGGGAGACGUGGAGGUGACAGAAAAGAAGUCUGUGUUCACUCGCGUAGAUAGCGGCAACACGCACAAGCUGAUCCUCAAGGAAGUGUCGGCUGAAUAUUCCGGACAGUACACAUGUAAAGUUUCCAACGAACUGGGGGAUGACUCCUGCCAGGCAACUUUCACUGUUAACAGAAAACCCCGGUUCACUAAGAGCCUGGUGGAUAUGACCGUCGACGCAGGUCAGACCCUAAAACUUGAUGUGGAAGUCGAGGGCAGCCCGGAACCCAAGGUUCGUUGGUUUAAAGACGGAAAAGAAGUCACUACUGAUGCCAGAAUUAAAAUAGAAAGAGACACUAAGAGGCUCGAAAAUUAUCAUCUCACGGUGACAUUAGUGAAGGAGGAAGACGGUGGCGAAUACGAAGUUAAAGCUGAGAAUGAGAUGGGAAGCGUGUCAUCGAAGAGUACAGUCACAGUCCACACGAGGGAAGUCCACUCGAGGAUCACUAAGGAAGAAGUGGAAAGUGAAAUUGAUGCGAAGGCAAAACAACCUUUAGAGGAAGAAGUUGAAAGUUCAAUAACGGGGGAAGUUCACUCGAAGAUCACUAAGGAAGAAAUGCAAAGUGAAAUCGAUGCGAAGGCAAAACAGCCUCUAGAGGAAGAAGUUGAAAGUUCAAUAGCGGGGGAAGUUCACUCGAAGAUCACUAAGAAAGAAGUGCAAAGUGAAAUCGAUGCGAAGGCAAAACAGCCUCUAGAGGAAGAAGUUAAAAGUUCAAUAGCGGAGGAAGUUCACUCGAAAAUCACUAAGAAAGAAGUGCAAAGUGAAAUUGAUGCGAAGGCAAAACAGCCUUUAGAGGAAGAAGUUGAAAAAACACAAAAACUUAGUGCAAAAAAAGAAAAAUCAGCAUCGGAAACAAUCGAAGAAAGAUCUAUUUGGGAGGAUGAUGAUGCCGAAAAAGCUAAAAAACCAAUCAUUGAAGAAUCUGAAGUUCCCAAGCCAACUAAGGGUCGUAAGUCGCUUUCUGAGCCGGAUACAGUGGAAGAGAAAUCAUUUUGGGAUGAUUUAGGUGAUGACGAAAAACCAAAGAAAGUAACAUUCGAAGACACCGAUAAACCUGUGAAGAAGAAAGGUAGAAAAUCUAUCUCAGAAGUCAUAGAAGAAAAGUCUAUUUGGGAUGACGAUCGUAAAGAGGAAAAUACAAAAAAUAUUGUUAUUGAUGAAGUUGAAACUCCACGCCGUGAUAAAGCAAAUAAAUCUGUCACAGAGCCAGAAAUAUCCGAAGAGAAAUCUUUUUGGGAUGAUAGUGACAGCAAAUCAUCAAAGAAACCUAAAGUGGCAGAAGUAGACAGUGAAAAAGUCGACAAAGGCUUAAAAUCCAGCACUCCGCUUGAAGUAGCUGAGGAAAAAAGCAUUUGGGAUGAAAACCACAAUGAAAAGAUCAAGAAACCUAUCGUUGAAGAGGUGAUAGUUGAAAAGAAAAUCGGUGAUACAAGCGUCACAAAACCUGAAUCGAUAGAAGAAGUACCUCUGGAUGAAGAACUCAAAUCAUCCAAACGUAAAUCUUUGAAAAAAGAGUCUGUUUCAGAAGAACCAUUAAGUGCUGAAGUCGAAGGACGAGUUUUUGAAACAGUAACUACUUUCAAGAAAGGUGACGAUGGAUCUAUCAUAAUGUCUAAAGUAAGCAGCAGCAGGUCUCAUGGUGCUAUCGUCACAGGUCCCGCUGAAACGCACACUUUACAUAAAAUGACAUCGAGCACUGUUUAUUAUGAGGACGAUGACGAAUUCGAAAGUAGAAAGAUUAUAAAACCAAAUCAGCCACAUACAACUUCAUUGGAAGUUGAAGAAAUAGCCAGCCAUAGUUAUAUGCUGUCGGAAAUGGGUCAUUACACCAUACCAGAUUAUAUAAGGCGUGGAACUUACGGCAUAAUUGAAGAGCCUCAAACUGAUUCUGAUGCGGAAAGUACGAGAGGCAUUAAGAAUUAUAACAACAGAACUGUGUCAAUUAUGUCCAUGUCCGAGGAUGAAAUGAGCUGGCACAAUGAAUCUUUAUCGCGCGAAAUUUCCAUUGAAGACCUUUCGAAAUCUAUCUUUGAUAUUGACGACACUAGAAAAGUUUUCAGUAAAGACUCAUAUGUACGUCAGUCAUCUUUCAAAGAGGACUAUUUCACUAAUAAAGGUGAUCAAGAAUCCUUAAUUCUCAAAGAAAAAUCAGAAAAAGUAUUCGAAAACGAUAUCACAGAGAAACUCAUUCACAUCUCAAAAGAUUUCGACGAAAAUGAAUUUAAAAAUAUUAAAAGUAAAGUAGAUGAUGUUAGAAAUAGACUUAUUGAAGAGUUAGUCAUUGGGCCAGACAGAAAAUUAGAUAGCUUAACAAAAGACGUAACCGAAAUGGCCGUAGAAAGAAAACGAAAGGGAGAGGCAAAAUUGUUUAGCGUUCAAGAAGAAGCGAAUGACCAACAAGUGGACGAUCUGUUGAAACGAAGCCAGAGACAGAGAAGCAUACUCGAUGAUAUUCUAAAUAAGGAAGACGAAAAAGCAUCACCUAUCUUAAAAGACAGUUCCUUCAAGGACAAAGAGGUAUACGAGUCCCUUCCACUAGUUUACACGGUUGAAGCAUCCGGGACUCCUAAGCCGGCAAUUCGCUGGCUUCACGACGGUAAGGAAGUAAAGCCUUGCGGCAGAGUUCACAUCACCAACGAAGGAGAUCUUUAUAAAUUGGAGAUCGAUAGAGUUAAUUUGGAUGACNCAUCACCUAUCUUAAAAGACAGUUCCUUCAAGGACAAAGAGGUAUACGAGUCCCUUCCACUAGUUUACACGGUUGAAGCAUCCGGGACUCCUAAGCCGGCAAUUCGCUGGCUUCACGACGGUAAGGAAGUAAAGCCUUGCGGCAGAGUUCACAUCACCAACGAAGGAGAUCUUUAUAAAUUGGAGAUCGAUAGAGUUAAUUUGGAUGACGCUGGACAAUGGCAGUGCGAGAUUAGCAAUGACCUCGGCAAGAAUGUACUGAAGGCCGAUUUGACGGUAAAACCCGAAAGUGAGCUCCGCAAGCCAAAGUUUACGCAACCUCUAGAAGCCCAGCGCAUUUUGCAACGGGAGCCCGUCAGUCUCCAAGCUGUUUGUACAGCGGAUCCUCAACCACAUGUGUCGUGGCUUCUUAACGGAGUAGAAUUGACUCCCGACGCUACAAUCGUGACGUCAGCCGAUGCAAAGGAUAUUGAACAUGGUUUGAAAGAGUGCACUUUCACCCUGCAAAUUCCCACUGGUCGCCAUGCUGAUACCGGUAACUAUACCAUCCAAGCUAAGAACAAAUACGGUGUUGGUGAAAGUUCUGCUCGUCUCGACAUCCUGCUGAGACCAGAGAUCGAAGGUCUCAAGGAUGUUUCUGCCGUACCUUAUGAGGAGACCACCUUCGUUGCCAACGUCCGAGCUAACCCCAUUGCUGAGAUUCAGUGGAGUAAAGACGGAUACGUUAUCAAACCAUCGUCUCACAUCGAGAUAAGCGAAGACAAAGAUGCUGAGAAGUAUCAGCUCACUGUUAAGAAGGUCGGAAUGGACGACGCUGGUGUAUACACGCUGACAGCCAAGAACGAGAUCGGUGAAACCGCCCAACAAGCUAAGCUCAUCAUACGCACCGGCGAGCCAAUCUUCACUAAGCCUUUGAAGAAGCAAACGGUGAAAGACUACGAUGAUUGCACGCUGAAGGUGCGCUGCGACGGCGAACCGAAACCGGAGGUGAAGUGGUACGUGAACGGCAAGGAGAUAACCAACGAUGACCGUCACACCGUCACCACGGAAGUCGGUGGUCAGGUUGACAGCGAGCUGGACAUCAAGCACUUCAAUAGUGACGAUGCUGGAAAGUACAAAGUUCGCGCGUUGAACUUGGCCGGUGAGGCGUCUUGCGAAGCUCAGAUAACGUUAGCGCAGCUAGCCCCAGGGUUCACACACCGUCUGGACAGGCAGAAGGACGUUGACGAAGGGGAACCUCUCGAGCUGAAGGCUAAGAUCGACGGCAGCCCUACUCCAACUGCCACUUGGUACAAAGACGGUGUUCCGAUUCCCGCAGACGACGAUCACGUGAAGCAAUCAGCUCUGGCCGAGGGCUGGGUCAAACUGAACAUCGCUGAAGUGACCCCCUCCGACUGCGGAGCGUAUAAACUGGUCAUAUCCAACCCUAACGGUGACAACUCGGCUUUGUGUGCAGUCGCUGUUAAUCCUACACCAAGGAAGCCAUCGUUCAGUCAAGAGCUAGAAGACAUAAAGGCAGUAGUGGGUCAGCCAUUGAAACUAGAAGCCAGGGUGAUGGCCUUCCCAGCGCCAGAAGUCAAGUGGUUCAAGGACGGCUUGCCGGUCCGUCCAUCACAGGCGAUCAACUUCAUCAAUCAGCCGGGCGGAGUCGUCGGUCUCAGCAUCGACAACUGCAAGCCGGAAGAUGCUGGAGUCUACUCACUCACCGUCACCAACAAACUCGGAGAGGUCGGUUCAAAGGCGAACGUCGACGUAACUCAAAAGGAGCGGAAACCAGCCUUCAUAGCAGAACUACAACCUACCAAGGUCAUUGAAGGAUUCCCGGUCAGACUGGAGGUCAAGGUGCUUGGACAUCCGCCACCUACUAUCAAAUGGACACUUGACGGUAAGGAGUUGGUUCCGGACGGCGUCCGUAUUCGUGUGGUGUCACAGCCAGACGGGACACACGCGCUGCUCAUCGCGGCCGCUACGCCAUCCGACGCUGGACGAUACGGAGUCGUCGCCAACAAUGACAAGGGCGAGACCAAGUCUGAAGCAGACCUGACCGUGUCCAGUCGCCAGGACGACUCGAACCCACAAGAGCGGCCGCAGUUCAUCCACGGCCUCAGAGACGUGACGGCAGCGGAAGGACAGCCUCUCUCGAUGACCGCGCCCUUCGUCGGCAACCCUGUCCCCGAGGUCACGUGGACUAAGGACGGACAACCCUUGAGGCCAGACGAGAAGAUCCUGCUCACAUGUGACGGGAAACGGGUGGGUCUAGAAAUAAACCCGGUGGAGUUGCCGGACGCAGGGGUGUACUCCGUGAAGCUGGUCAACCCUCUGGGCGAGGACAGCUCUGAAGGCAAGAUCACCGUUAAGAAGGUUUACCAAGCACCCACCUUCUCCCAGCGGUUCACUGACCUGCAGCAGUUACCGACAUUCGACGCCAAAUUCCCUGCUCGCGUGUUCGGCAUCCCCUUCCCCGACAUCUCCUGGUACAAGGACGGAGUUCUCCUGAAGCACUCCGACAAAUAUAACAUCAAACGCGACGGCGACGCUGCCUGUCUGUACGUCAGGGAUAUCGGACCGGACGACGCGGGAGUGUACAAAUGCGUCGCCAAGAACAGGGAGGGCGAAGCCGAGUGCCAGGCUAGUCUCGAAGUCGUUGAUAAAAUCGCCAGGCAGCAGAAGGUGGAGCCUCCGUCGUUCCUGAAGAAGAUCGGAGACAUUGAGGUGCUUCGCGGCAUGAGCGCCAAGUUUACCGCCUGCGCAACCGGCUCCCCAGAACCCGACGUGCAAUGGUAUCGCAACGACGAGAAGCUGUUCCCUUCGGACCGGAUCCGCAUGGACAAGGAGAGCACGGGGCUGCUGCGGCUGAACCUGAGCCGCGUGGAGCCCUGCGACGUCGGCACCUACCGCUGCACCCUCACCAACCCUCACGGGGAAGCCUCCUGCACAGCACAGCUCACCUACGACAGUAUGGAGCCGCACGCAAGCAAACGUCCAAUCUCGGACCAGUACUCUGACUUCGAUAAGAUGAAGAAGACCGGCAUCCCCAUGCCCCUUGCUGACCGGCCCAUCAUCUCGCGCAUGACUGAUAGGCACCUCACCUUAUCCUGGAAGCCGUCCAUCCCUCAUGGACCUCGCUUCCCGGUCACAUAUCAGGUGGAGAUGUGUGAGGUCCCUGACGGCGACUGGUUCACCGCCCGCACGGGGCUGCGCUCGUGUGUGUGCGACAUCCGCAACCUCGAGCCCUUCCGCGACUACAAGUUCCGCAUCCGCGUCGAAAACAAAUACGGGGUCAGCGAUCCCUCGCCCUUCGCCAUCACGCACCGCGCCAAGCUGGAGCCCGACCCUCCGAAGUUCGUCCCCUACCUAGAGCCGGGCAUCGACUUCCGCCCGGAGACCUCGCCUUACUUCCCUAGGGACUUCGAUAUCGAGCGUCCGCCCCAUGACGGGUACGCUCAGGCUCCUCGCUUCCUGCGUCAGGAGCAUGACUCGCAGUACGGGGUCAAGGGACACAAUGUCAACCUGUUCUGGUUCGUCUACGGCUACCCGAAGCCCAAGAUGACGUACUUCUUCAAUGAUGAACCGAUUGAAAUAGGCGGCAGAUACGACUGGAGUUACACGAGGAACGGCCAAGCCACGCUGUUCAUCAAUAAGAUGCUGGAACGUGAUGCUGGCUGGUACGAAGCCGUCGCCACCAACGAGCACGGUCAGGCUCGACAGCGAGUCCGGCUGGAACUAGCAGAGUAUCCCACCUUCAUACGCAGACCUGAGGAGACAGUGGUGCUGCAGAGGAGGACCGUCCGACUGGAGGCCAGAGUCACGGGAGUGCCGUAUCCUGAUAUUAAAUGGUACAAGGAUUGGCAGCCAUUGGCACCGAGCUCCAGAAUCAAGAUACAGUUCAUCGAGCCGGACACGACGGUGCUGGUGAUCAAAGACGCGAUCCUGAAGGACGAGGGUCUCUACUCCGUGUCCGCGAGGAACGUGGCCGGCUCUGUCAGCUCCUCGGCCAUGCUGCACGUAGAGGAAGACGAAUAUGAAUACGCUGACAGGAUCCGCGAGCACCCGCCCCGCGUGAAGGCCAGCACGAAGCCGUUCGGAGACCAGUACGACCUGGGCGACGAGCUGGGCCGCGGAGUCCAGGGCGCCGUGUACCACGCGGCCGAGAGACUCACCGGACGCAACUACGCUGCGAAAAUAAUGCACGGUCAUUCCGAACUGAAGCCAUUCAUGAAGAACGAGAUAGACAUCAUGAACCUGCUUAACGACCGGCAUCUGAUCCGGCUGUACGGAGCCCACGAGCAUGACCACACCGUGGCGCUGGUCACGGAGCUGGCGGCGGGAGGGGAGCUACUCAGGGACGGACUCCUGCGGGUUCCUUCCUAUCCUGAGCGACGGGUUGCCUCUAUCAUCAGGCAACUGCUACUGGGACUAAGGCAUAUGCACGAUAACAGCGUAGCGCACCUUGGACUAACGAUCGGCGAACUCUUACUCUCGCACGCCGGCAGCGACGAUAUAAAGAUAUGCGACUUCGGACUAUCGCGUCGCAUUAGGCACAACGAACUGGGCGCCCUCCACUACGGGAUGCCGGAGUAUGUGGCCCCCGAAGUAGCCAACGGCGAUGGCGUCUCCUUCCCAGCCGACAUGUGGAGUGUCGGUAUCAUAACCUACAUCCUGCUCAGCGGACACUCACCAUUCCGAGGUCAAAACGACCGCGAGACUCUGACGAGAAUUAAAGAAGGCACUUGGAGCUGGCACGAUGAGGAAUGGUGGUCCCGCCUCAGUACGGAGUCCAGGGAUUUCAUUUCGAAGUUGUUGGUGUUUAACUGGCACGAACGUAUGGACGUGAGGACGGCUCUGUCGCAUCCAUGGCUGACGCUGGCGGAUCGAAUCUACCAGGAGGAGUACCAGAUCUCGACUGAUCGAUUGAGGAACUACUACAAUUUGUACAGAGACUGGACAAGUAACGCGCAGUGCCGCACGUGGUUCCGGCGUCGGCCGCUUGAGGGCGCCUUCCACCAUCCUUCUAAGAUGGUGUAUCCACCCGGGGAAACGUACACACCAGAAGGAACUCCAGACCGCGACAUCAGCACCCGCGACCGUAAGCCAGCAGAGUUCGAUCUCAACUUCAAGCAGUGGGACCAUCCCGACUGGGAGGUUUCCGCCACCUCUGAGAGCCAUUACCAGAACGGCCCGGACACGUAUCUGCUGCAACUGCGGGACACCCAGUUCCCGGUGCGGCUCCGGGAGUACAUGAAGGUGGCCUGUCACCGCUCGCCGGCAUACAGCAUCAACGCCUUCGACAACUACGACCCCAGGACCCCGAUUAUACGAGAACGUCGUCGCUUCACCGACAUCAUGGACGAGGAGAUAGACGACGAGCGCCGAGAUCGGAUCAACGGGUACGGGAGCGAGUCCGGCACCGUGCGGAGGCUGCGACACGAGCUGGGCACGCGGCUCGACUCCUACGCCGAGGCUCAGGCCUUCAUGGAGGCCAAGAAGGACGGCUGUCUGCCCUUCUUCCGCGAGAAGCCGCAGCUACUACCGGUCAGGGAAGGUGAACCCGCCAAGCUGUCCUGCUUCGCGGUCGGCGACCCCAAGCCCGUCAUCCAGUGGUUCAAAAACGACAUGGUCAUCGCUGAAGGACAACGCAUCAAGAUCGUGGAAGACGAAGAGGGACGCUCUACGCUCGAGUUCAAUCCUUCCAUGCAUCACGACAUUGGAUUCUACAAGGUGGUCGCCAGGAAUAAAGUGGGGCAGACGGUCGCUCGCACCAGGGUUGUAGAAGCUACCACACCUGACGCUCCUGACGUUCCUACCGCUGCUGAGGUUUCAGACACAGAAGUGUUGUUACGCUGGAAACAACCCAAGUACGACGGCAACUCGCCUGUCCUCUGCUACAGCCUGCAGUACAAGGCCGGCGACAGCGUCGAGUGGAAAGAGGUUGCCAACAACAUCGACCACGAGUUCUUCGUCGUCCGAGAUCUUAGUCCGGACACCAGCUACCAGUUCCGCCUCUCCUCCAGAAACCGAAUAGGCUGGAGCGAGAAGGGUGCUCCCACCAACCUUGUCAAGACGCGUGAGGCUGGUGCGAGCAAGAUCGAAGUCACAAAAGCUAUGAGGCAUCUUCAACAGCUCACCGAAUCCGGCCAGGAGAUUGUUCUCGAUGAAGAAAAGCCCCAGUUAGACUACUCGACCGAGAAGCAGCCCGUGGAAUGGUACAGCGCCAAUACGUUCACAGAGCGGUACAGCUUCAUCUCAGAGCUGUGGCGCGGGAAGUUCUCCAUUGUUGUCAAGGGAGUUGACAAAACAAACGACACUGUCGUGGUCGCCAAGAUCCUCGAGAACAGACCAGAGACCGAGGUCCUGGUCCAGCGAGAGUACGAGUGUCUGCGAAGGCUGCGGCACGAGAGGAUCGCAAACCUGCUCUCAGCGUACAGAGCUCCAGGCUCACCGGUUUCCGUUCUGAUCUUGGAGCGACUACAAGGGGCAGACGUGCUGACGUUCCUGGCAAGUCGCCAUCAGUACUCGGAGCAGCUGGUGGCCACGGUGAUCACGCAGGCGUUGGACGGACUACAGUACCUGCACUGGCGCGGUUACUGCCACCUGGACCUACAGCCAGACAACUUCGUCAUGGCCUCCGUCCGCUCGGUGCAGGUCAAACUCGUAGACUUUGGAUCUGCUCAUAAAGUCACCAAGCUCGGCACCAGUGUGCCGCAGGUUGGACAUCUAGAAUACAAAGCCCCGGAAAUAAUAAACGACGAGCCAGCGUAUCCUCAGACGGACAUCUGGUCCAUCGGAGUCCUGGCCUACAUCUUGCUGAGCGGAGUCUCUCCCUUCAGAGGAAACGACGAUAAUGAGACCAAACAGAACAUCUCCUUCGUCAGAUACAGAUUCGAGCAUCUGUACAGCGAGAUCACGCAGGAGGCGACCAGAUUCCUGAUGUUCGUCUUCAAGAAGGUUCCCCUGAAGCGUCCGACGGCCGAGGAGUGCCACGAGCACCGUUGGCUAGCGCAGUCGGACUUCAUCAGCAAGAAGAGAGAACGAGCUAUUUUCUCAAGCAGUAAACUUAAGGAAUUCUCAGAUGAAUACCACGAACGUAAGGCCCAUGAAGCAUCGCAAGCAGACACGUUAACCGAAGCCUUCGGUCAGUUCGCACCGAGACUGCUCACCAGGUCCAACAGCAUCCAGGAAGAACUGCUCACGAAUCUCUCUAGCCAAUAAACAAUUUACACAUUUUUUGGAAUGGCAACAAUUUUUUUUGCUCUUAUCAUUAAUAAAGAACUUGCUUGAAGAGCAAUAACAUAUAAAAAAUUUAACAGCAAAAAGUAAUUAUAAAAUUAAAAUCGCUUUUUCGUCUCAACUCAAAAAUAAACCUUAAAAAGGUGUUGUCAUAUCAAAAUUGUUUAUUCAUCUUUAUGAUUACAUUACACCAAAGUUUCAUUUAAGUCCAAAAAAAAUAUUUAUUCUAGUCAACGCGAAUAAUUUGUUACGAAUCUUUUGUUAUCUGUUAAGCUACUAUUUUUUUGUAUACAACUUUUGUACUAUUUAUUUAUUUAUACUAAUUGGUAAUUUUUAUUGAUGCUCCAGUAUUAAAGUCUUAAUAAAGAGCAUUAC